AUGUGUCGGUUUUGGUUCAAACUUAUUCUGGAUAUUCCAUUAAUUAAUAAAUAUGACUAUGUUAUGAGACUUGACGGUGAUUCAAAAGUAACGGGAGUUUGGUUUAAUGUUUUUGAUUUGAUGAAAAAUAAAACGGCGGUCAAUUUUGCUAACGUAGAAGAAGCAGAUCUCGAAGCUAUCUUACCUGGCCUGAUGAAACUGAAAACAUUUACACUUGACUAUCUAAAUAAAUCUGGAAUAAUUCCUAAAAAUCCGAUCAGAUUGACACGAGCUUUUGAUAUUCCCGGUCAAAUACGUUUACAUAAUACAAAUUUUGAUAUCUUCAAAGUCGAAUUUUUUAAAAGUCAACCAGUUACUCAUUGGAUCAAUGCUGUGGACGAAAGUUUUGGUAUAUUUCGAUAUCGGUGGGGAGAUCAUGUGCUCAGAUAUCUCACAACCGCGAUGUUUGCCACUCCAGACGAAGUACUUGUAAGAACAGAUUUCAAUCUGCCUUACUGUCAUCCAUGCUAA